AUGGAGAAUAAAGAAAAAUCAAAUUAAACAAAGCAAAUUGAGUUUCUUUAAGAGCUCUUUAGCAAAUCUUCUUUCUCAAAGACAUGGUAGUUGGAAUAUUCAACUUAAAAGCUUUGGUCAACUAGUUAAAAGUAUAUAGAUAGGAGAACUUUGAAAAUCUCUGUAAGACCUUAAAAUGAAGAAGAGGUAAAUGAGCUCAAUGAAAUUGAAAAAAAGGUAUAUUAAUAAGGCAGUGCUUAACCAGAUGUUUAUUCUGACCUUUAAGAAACAGAAAUUGAUAGAGGCUUAGCUGUUGGAGAAAAAUUCCCACACUAUUCAAAAGUCUUAAGCGUUGCUGAUGAAUCUGAAGGAGAAAUAAAGCAUCAAGAAGGAGAAGUUAUUCUUUUAGAUGUCUGGGCUACUUGGUGUGGACCUUGCUAACGUCCUAUGUAGCAUAAUUAAGAUAUGCUUACUAAAAAUGAAGAAAAAUGGGCAGGAAAGGUUAGAAUUAUUGCUGUUAGUGUUGAUGAAGACAGAAAAGAUGUACAAGAUAGAAUAAAUCAAAGAAAUUGGGAUAAGAUCACUCAUUUUAAGUUAAAUGGGUGGGAUGCAAGUCACCCUAUUAUCAAAGAUUUUUCAAUCUAGGGUAUUCCUUUUGUUGCAUUGGUUGAUAAGUAAGGAAUCAUCAAUUACACAGGACAUCCUUCUGGCGUUAAUUUAGAGGAAAGAAUUAAUAAUUUAUUAGAAGAUAAGUCUGAAAGUUAAGCCAAAAAUUAAUAAAUGAAUUCAGAAAAGUACAAAUUAGUAAAAGAGUUUAUCAAACAUAAAUUGGGAGCAUAUUUAGAUUCUUAAGAUAAAAAAGAAGUAGACUUUACUUUCUAGCUUUCAGCCUCCAAAAAAACAUCUAUGAAGGAUGGUCAAAAAGUUAAAACCUAUUCAGAACCUUCAAUAACUCUAGUUGCUAAUAAAAAGCAGGUUUAAAGCUGGUAAAAGCUAAAAAAUCAUGUGACACAAAGCUUAAAAAAUAUAACUUUGAAAUACGAUCAGGAAUCGAUAAGAGAUAUUCAAGUAGAACUUAAAAAAGAUAUGGAGGCUCUUUCUAAAAUUUAUGAAAAAUUUAACAUUAAAUCAAUAGAAAAUAAACAUUGUGUAAAACUUAGUUUACAAUUAAAAAAUAAUAGAUUAUAGUUCUCCAGAGCAGAUUGUUUUAACUAGCAUAAAAAACUAUACUUGAAAAAUGAAGAUCCUGAAAAAGUAGCACUUUCAGCUGAUGAAUAAUAAGAUUUUGCUUUAAACAAAUACAGGUCAGGUUAAUACGCUGAUUACUUGCAAAAGAUGUUCUAUAAAGGUAUCCAAACAAUUGAAACAGAAUUUUAAAAGCCUCAAAGCCACGAAGAUAUUUACAGAAAGUACAAAGAUCUUUUUAAUGAUAAAUCUAUCUAAGAACUUAAUUUUAACUUCAAUCCUGACUACAAUUGUAAUUUGCAAUUAUAUGUAAAGAGGAGAAGGGUUUUUGAUUAUAAAGGAUAAAUGAAAUAUAAAUAUUACAGUAAGCCAGUUUGCAAGUAUGUUGUUAGAGAGAAAGAUGUUGAAAAGUUUUAAACUGAAGUUUUAGAUAAAAUUUUUGUCAAAUUUGACAAAAACGAAAUCGUUUUUAGACCAGAAAUUUUAAAAGCCGCCUAAAUUGAAGAAGGAAAGAAUUGUAAAUCAUGCAAUUUAGAGCUGACUCUCCCAUAUUACUUUAAUUAUUUCUAGAAAGAGCAUUAUUGCAUAGCGUGUGGUGAUAAAAGAGACCCUGAACUUAAAACUCUACAAUAAUUUGCUGUUCCUCAUAAUCUAGUUUUGUUAACAACAAAUGAAAAAACUUUUUUAAAUGAUGUUGAUGAAUAUAAGCUUGGUAAAGACGUUUAACCAAAACCGGAUUAAGAGAUUGAAUUCGAAUUCGGCUAUUCUUGUAACGGAUGCAGUGAAGGAGGAAAAGAUGCCAGAUAUAUCUGUCUAAAUUGUCGUCCAGGUCCUUAUAGAGAUGGAGGAUUCACUGAUUUUUGUUAAGAUUGUAUCAAAAAAUAAGUUUUUGAUAAAGAUGAGUAAUUCAUGAAAUAAAUUCAAAAAAGAGAUACUUAACAUAACUUCAAUCAUAUAUACUUAAAAGUUAUUACUCCUAUUGGAAAUUAUAAAGAUUAUUGA